AUGCUGGGCAUCUGGACACUCGCAUUUUGCCUGCUGGGAGCAGCCAAUGGGAAGGAGAUUUGCUAUGAUUCCCUUGGCUGCUUCUCUGACUCGGAACCCUGGGGCGGCACUGCCAUUCGGCCCUUGAAAGUUCUUCCCUGGAGCCCCGAGAAGAUUAACACUCGCUUCCUGCUCUACACCAAUGAGAACCAAAACAACUUUCAGAUUCUCCUGCCUGAUGAUCCAUCCAGGAUUGAAGCAUCCAACUUCCAAACAGACAGGAAGACCCGCUUCAUCAUUCAUGGCUUCAUUGACAAAGGGGAUGAGACCUGGCUUACUAACAUGUGCAUGAACAUGUUCAAGGUGGAGCAGGUGAACUGCAUCUGUGUGGACUGGAAGAAAGGGUCCCAGACCGGAUACACGCAGGCUGCCAACAAUGUGCGGGUUGUGGGUGCCCAGGUGGCUCAAAUGAUUAGCAUGCUGAUGACAGACUAUAACUAUUCCCCUUCCCAAGUCCACAUCAUUGGCCACAGCUUGGGCGCUCAUGCAGCUGGAGAGGCAGGGAGCAGGAUUCCAGGUCUGGGCAGAAUUACAGGCUUGGAUCCUGUAGAAGCAAGCUUCCAGGGCACCCCUGAAGAGGUUCGACUUGAUCCUUCUGAUGCUGACUUUGUUGAUGUGAUCCACACGGAUGCAGCUCCCCUAAUCCCAUUCAUGGGAUUAGGAUCAAACGAAAUGAUGGGUCACCUUGACUUCUUCCCCAAUGGAGGCAAAGAAAUGCCAGGGUGCAAGAAGAAUGCCCUGUCACAGAUCGUGGACCUUGAAGGCAUCUGGGCUGGCACCCGGGAUUUUGUGGCUUGCAAUCAUCUAAGAAGCUACAAAUAUUACUCAGAAAGCAUCCUUUACCCUGAUGGGUUUGCUGCAUUCCCCUGCAAUUCCUACAAAGACUUCCAGUCUGACAAGUGCUUCCCCUGUCCAGAUGAAGGCUGCCCUCAGAUGGGUCACUAUGCUGAUAAAUUCGCUGGCAAGACACGUGAGGAUCAGCCUAAAUUCUUCCUCAACACUGGAGACUCCAGCAACUUUGCUCGCUGGAGGUAUUCAGUGUCCGUGAUGCUGACUGGGAAGAUGGUUACUGGCCAGAUCAAAGUUGCUCUGUUUGGAAGCACGGGCAACAGCCACCAGUUCGAUGUGUUCAGGGGGAUCCUCAGACCCGGCUCCACACAUACUAAAGAGAUUGAUGUAGAAGUGGAUAUUGGAACCAUUGAGAAAGUCAAGUUUCUCUGGAAUAAUAAUGUAGUGAACCCAACCUUCCCUAAAGUGGGUGCAGCCAAGAUCACAGUGCAGAAGGGCGAGGAGAAGACAGUGUACCAUUUCUGUAGUGAUGGAACCGUGAGGGAGGACGUCCUGCUUACCCUCAUGCCCUGUCAGAACACAUUCUAG